AUGGAAGGUGAAGGUAGCUUUUUUGGACUCCUCACAGAACUAUGUAACAAAACAGCCACGAAAUACAGCACUCGGAACAAGAUUUCGCAGAAGCUAUUGUCUAGUAAAAUGAGAUCGCAUGCCUACGAGAUUAUUCUGAAGAAAUCUAGGAAAGAAAUAAACUAUAACUCGAAAGGUGCUAUUACUGAUUUGCUCUCGUAUUAUCUUGUAUUUCAUCAAAAUGUUAAGAAUGUGGCUGAGUACAAGAAGUGUUUAGAAUUAAAGAGAGUUAUCGGUGAAGUACAGCAAGUUGAUUUUGGGGAAGAGAAAGAUCAAGUUUACAAUGUACUCACGCUUCUGGUUGGGUUAAGUGAUUCACUUAUAGAAGAUCAUUCACACAAGUUGUUCAAUAAACCAUUUUCAUUUGGGCUGUUGGAGCAGAUGUUACCAAAACUACCUCGUGCACAGUUUGGUUCCCCGGAACCAUACUCUUACUACCCGUUGCACAUUUUUGUACUGCCGUAUUCUUUGAAUCAACAAAAUAAUCCUAUAAAUGGGAAACAAUCAUGUACAUUUACUGAGUACACUGUUGAGAGUUUCGACUCUAGAUCACUUUUACCUGAACGUACUACACCUGGAGGAGGGGAAAUAAAGAGCUUUCGUAGUCCAAUGUCCCUGCCAUCUUUUUCCUCAACUAAUUUGUCCCCAUGCCGAUACCUAUCCAGUGUAUUGUGGAACCACCCUAGACUGACAGCACCUAGAGACUUGCAAAUACCAACGUCAGGCUCUAAAGGGUGUGACAGUAUGAAGGUAACCUUUGCUGAUGGAAAUGAGGAACAAGAGGUGUUUAGACCAUCAUCAACUGAUUUAGAGGAUAUUUGGGAUAUUGUCACUCAAGUUGACAAGGAUAUACCUGAUGACAUAUGGCAGAUAGCUUCAAAACUUCCGCCAAUAUAUGAAAGGCAGCUUAUAUCGACAUCGCUGCGAGAAAUGGUACUGUGGCGGCAAUUGUACGAAAACGCCCUUAAUGAUCUCAGUGUUAUAUCUGAGAAACAGUUCAUUCGGAAUGUCAUGUAUCUUUUGAUUGGCAUAGAAACAACUUCAUUCCCAUUCAGUGAAGAAUCAAAUUGUUUUUACAUGAAAGAAAAUUUAGUUUUAGAAGGGAUAUCGAAGGAACAUAUCAGAGGCUACAUGACAGAGUUGCAACUGGUUGGCACUUAUUACAAACGAUUGUAUACAUUCGCCUUUAAUCAGGGCUUGAAUGAUCACUUUCGUAAUAAUGGACUUGUAUUUGAGGCGGCAAGAGAAGUAAUAAGACAAUACCUGUUACAUUUCCGGCUUAAAACGACGGAGAUAUACGAGGAAUGUACCAAAGCGAGCAAUGAAGAACUAAAUUGCAUGCCCACUUUACUGCAGAUCGUUAAUCACAUGGAACCGUUGAAAUACGAAAUAGAAACUAUAGUUUCUAUUUACAAGCUUAUUAAUGCAGAUCCAAAGAUCACGUUACCGUUGGGCGCUGAGUUAAUGUCGUAUUUGUUUAACGAAAUAUCGUUGAUAACGCAUAGACACACGGCGCUCACUAUGUUUGGGGCACUGUUUUCCAUCUGCAAAGUUUAUUUCCAAUUCAUAGAAAGGUUCAUAUUCGAUGGUGAACUUGAUGACCGAUUCGACGAGUUCUUUAUACGAAAAGAUUCUCAAUACGUAAACACUCGUUCAAAGAGAUAUUGGGAUAAAGGAUUUCAUAUAAUUCAAACUGUGGCAGUGCCAGAGUUCUUGAGACCAUUGGCGAAGUUUAUAUUGCUUUGUGGAAAAUCUUUACGGCUGUUGAAACAAUGUAACCCGAGUGAUCCUUUAGUCCUGCUUAUAUCAUCAGACCAUCCAUCCGUGACGUGCUGUGCGAGUUUCGAAGAAUUAGAAAGGCAGCAACAAGUCCUUGAUGUGUAUCGUACCAGAUGUCUGUUUGUGAGCGGCGAGCCAGUUACAUUCGAUCAGAUUCAGUUGAAGAAAGAGGCAGAGAGGAAGGCUUUCACUGAAAUGGCUUCGCUGAAACAGGCUGAGACUAUGGAGAAAAUUGUUGCGGAACGAAAACGACUGGCACAGCUAAUAAUAGCAGAGAAGCAGCACUCGUUGCGAGUGCUCGAAGCGGCAAUGGCCGAGGCGCAAGCCGUCAAAAUGAAGGCCAAGCAACGUGAGAAGCACCGCACGCAGCUUGAGGUAGAAGCCGAGAAGGCCGCUGAGGAAGUCGAUUCGAUGCUUAAAGAUCAGGAAAGAAACAAAAUCAUGGAAUACUACUCAAAAUUAAAUAUGGAGGUUGAAAAGAGUAAAUUACACGCCGAAUGGAAGAUCAAACGAUUACAAUUAGAUCAAUCAAGGAUGCAGCUAUUGUCAACUGAAGAGAGAAAUCUAAAAAGGGAGAAAUUGGAGUUGGAACAUAAAAGAAAUGAAGAGAUUAUGGCUAUGUCUAUUCAAAGUACAGAUUUGAAAUCUGAUGUUGAAAAUGAGACAGAUGACGCAGAUAAACAUUCUGAUGUAAUCAAGACAAACUCUACGAAAUCGCACCUUUCAAGAGAUAAAGAAAAAGAUGAAGUAUCUGAUUCGGAUUUAAAUAAAGCAAAAUACAAAACGGCUGUCUUUAGUGCCAUAUGUAAUGUGGCAAAAAGUAUCUUUGGUGGAUCGAAAAACAACGAAGACGAUGACUGUGAUAACAAAAAGGAAUUAGAUGCACAAGGCAAUGUCGUUCCUGUCGACAGUGAAAACAAUAGUAAUGAAACUAAAACUUCAAGUCAGGUAAUAGGUUCAUGCAUUAAUGACGUGUUUGAUAAUCUCCAGUAUCUAAAAGUCAAAGGAGAGGCGAUGAAAAAUAAACAAAAAGUGAUGGCUCACAAAUUUGGUCACGUCGAUAUAGAGAACAAUCAAACUAUAGAUCCUCCAUUAAUAAACUUGUCAGUUGAUGGUGACAAUAAUGUCCCCGGUAUGUGGAAUGCCACUUAUUUAGAAACAAAGCGUAACAAAAUGAAAGUCCUUGGAGCUGAUAUUGGUUCUAUCUGUUGUGCUAAGCCGUCCGUAUCCGAACCUUUUACUGAUGCGCAAAGAGAAGCCAUGAGGAAUAAAAAAAAAGUUCUUGGUGUGGAAUACAAUAUUCCUAUAGACUUAGGAGGAAAGAGAGAACCUGCAAAUCAAGCUCAGGUAGAAGCUCUAAGGAACAAGGAAAAGAUUUUAGGUUCUGAGGACAUUAGACCGAUGGAAUCAACUCCUCGGCUGGGGCCUCCCAAACGUUCUGAUUUGACCCUAAACUUGAAACCGUUUACCGUCGAAAAUACGAGUGAAUUUAACCUUGGAGUGACAACUAACACUGGGUUAUUAACGCCAGGAGAUUUGUUUCCUAGGCUUGAUUUGGAAACACCGACUACGGCAGAUAUACCACUCGAUGGAGCUUUAACAGGCGAGGCAUUCACACCUCACAGUGAAGGCACCAGACUAGAUACAGCUAGUAUGAAGACUGACAAGGAAUUCCUAAGGGGUGAUGGUUUCGACUUUUCCAUGAUUGUUGAUGAAUCUGUCGAAUCGAUAGGCGAUGUUCCUAGUGUCGAUACUCCUGAUAAUUCCAUUAACAAAGAUGUAGAAUUUGAACUAACCGACAAACAUUCCUUCAUCAAUUUACUAGAUGGCACGUACAGUUUAAAAAACAUGGAUCCGUUCGGAGUUAGAGAUCUGAAACCAUAUACUAAAGACUAUUUCUCGAGUAAAAUGGAUUUGACACCUUCAAAUUAUACUCAUCCAGCGGUUAUUAUGGCGGAGAUGAAGAAACGACCCUAUGCUAAUAUGUUUGCCUCACAUUUUGGCCCGGAAGAAGAUGACGACCAAAAAGUUACUUGUGAUAACAUAGCCACACUGACUGCUUGUUUACAAAGAUCGGUCAUGUUACCUCUAACAUAUCAACUUGAAGUUGUAAAUAACUCCAUACUGACUUAUUUUCUAGUCAAUCUCGACAUGUACGAGCAUUUGAGGAGUUUAAAGGAUUAUUUCUUUCUGAUGGAUGGGGAGUUUUCUAAAAGCAUAUGUCAAAACUUGUUCACUCGUUUGACGAAAACAUUGAACCCACAAGAACUGUUGAAUUUUGCAACAUUGCACAAUGUUCUUGACAAAGCUUUGGGAUGUUCGAUAUCUCAUAAUCACAAAUUUUCGGAAAACCUCUCAUUCACGAUAACAGAAUCUCCUCUGAGCUUCCAACACAGUUCCCCUGACGUACUCCAGUGUCUAUCCCUGACGUAUAUAGUCAACUGGCCAUUGAACAUCAUAUUGUCACAAGAAGCGUUAUUGCGAUAUGCCAAGGUGUUCCAGUUUUUGGUUAAAAUGAGGAGAAUUUGUUGGGUUUUGGGUGAGGAUUUUGAGACGUUGAAAAUUGCGGCAAAAGUAUCAAGACAGCACUCUCGAAAACUCAUAAAGUCUCCACAAUACGUAUCAAUACAAAUAUAUCGACACGUCAUGGCCUCAAUGGUACGCGCCCUCGACAACUACAUAGUAACAACGUGCAUUCUAUCCUCAUGGAAAGAGUUGGAGAAUGAUUUGAAAAAAGCCAGAACGUUAGACGAUUUGUAUGAAUGUCACGUUGUUUAUAUAAAAAAGGUCCUGUUCAGAUGUCUGUUAAAUAACAGAUCGACGCCUGUUAUGAAGCUUUUGAAUGACAUUUUCACAGUUAUCUUGAAGUUCAGUCGACUGUUGAAAGCUAGCGAAUGGCAUCAAAAACAACACAAUGGUCCCUUCACGCAUAGAAGCUAUCCCCAAUUGCAAGAACUCUUCCACAUAUUCGAGAAACUGGCGAAAUAUCUACACAAAGUGGUUACUAAAAUGAUGGAAUGUGGUUACCAAAGACAUCUUGGCGAAUUACUCACUAUGGUCAACCUGAAUGGUUAUUACGACUCAGAAAGAUCGAAAGAAGAACAAAGUAGUCACUUGCAGUCUACAUGAAGAUGUAAUAUCUGAUUUAUCUUAAUUUUAAUCACGUUCUAAACUCUGAAGGGAGAAGAUAUUUUAAAUCAAUUUUUUUAUAAUGGUCGCAGAAGAUGUGUACCAAUUUUUGUAUUUUCUGUAUUUUUUUUUAUUUACUAUAAGGCUUUUUGCAUUUAUUGUAGGUUAACAUGUGUCAUAUUUAUUCCCACCUGUUGCGCUGUAACCGUUUAAUCGUAUUUUGUUAUUUAUGAGGAUUAGGACGUGUAUGUACAUGCAGUCGAACCUGGUUAUAGCAAUCUGAAAUUACUGGACUUUAACAUAUUCACGUUCAGGAAUUACAGUCAACUAUAUAAACUGCCAUUUAUUUAAACUGAGAAAUUGAACGCUAUGAAAAUGCCGUAAGGCACAAUUUACAAUUAAAAAAUGCAUGUGGUAUACUGUUAUUUUCCUGAAUACCAAUUUGAAAACCAAUAUAUUUACCUAAGGGUUCCGGCACUCAAAAGCGAUUCCCGCGAUGUUGCCAGUUUGCUACGUUCGGCUGCGGCCGUAAAUAAUUGUUUAAUUGCAUUUUAAUAAUUACAUGUAAAUCAGAUGAAAGAGAUACAUUUAUUAAUAUAAAAUAGUUUAAUUAAAUAUCUGAAUAAUAUACCGGUGUACAGUUCUUACAAAAACUUAUAUAAUUAUUGUUAUCAUAAGCCAUUUUUUUAACCGACUUCAAAAAAAGGAGGAGGUUAACAAUUCG